AUGGCUGCUGCCUGGUGGUGGCCCAGCCACCUUGGAUCAUCGGCUAACCAUGGCCGCUGCCCGCUGGUGAUCCAGCCACCCCGGAUCGUUGGCCAGCCAUGGCUACAUCCCCUGCCUUUUGUUGGAGAUAAAGUCGCAUAUGCGCUUUCUCAAGGUUUGAAGGUGAUUGCCUGUAUCGAUGAGACUCUUGAGCAGCGAGAAUCAGGUUCUACCGUGGAAGUAGUUGUUGCACAAACAAAAGCAAUUGCAGCUGCAUUGAUUAUGCCGCCUAAACGAGGUGCCCGUGGCCGUAGUUCUCACUCUGCUCCAGCGACCGGAGCGCAUCCCGCUCCACCUGUUGCAAACCCUAGUCCCGACCCCAUUCCGGAGGUCCUUGUUCUACCCCCAGUUGAUCCCGUUCCUUCGCCAGAGCCUGUCGUACCCGUGCCCGAGGCUCUCGCUCCUGCAGUUCCCGUGCCUCCACCUGAGGCCAGUGUAGUCCCUCCCAUGCCUACCAUUCCAGAUGGAGCUGAGCAGCUACAACAGGUGAUGCAGGCCAUCACUGCCACCCUCUAG